GCGGCGGCGGCAGCGGCGGCGGCGGCGGCGGCAGGGGCAGCGGCAGCGGCCGGGGGUGCGCAGCAGGGCCCGCGGCGGGGUUGCGCCCGGCCCCCGGCAUGGCCGGGCAGUAGGCAGGGAGCGCCGCCCGCCCGCCGCUCCCGGCGGCAGCCCCCGCCGCGCCCCGUCCGUCCUAUGUGACCCGCCCCGGCGCCAAGAUGAAAGACGAUUUUGCAGAGGAGGAGGAGGUGCAGUCCUUUGGCUACAAGAGGUUUGGCAUGCCUCAAUGCAGCUUGAAAGGAGGGAGUGCAGCCUUAUGGCUGAAAAAGCUGAUGGGGAGGAACUCAGUUGUAUUUGAUGAAGGUAUUCAGGAGGGGACUCAAUGUACCAAAUGUAAAAAUAACUGGGCACUGAAGUUUUCCAUCAUCUUAUUAUAUAUUUUAUGUGCCCUGUUAACAAUCACAGUAGCCAUUCUGGGAUACAAAGUUGUAGAAAAGAUGGACAAUGUGACAGGUGGCCUGGAAACGUCCCACAGAAGAUAUACAGAAAAGCUCACCGAGGUAGAGAGUGAUCUGAAGAAAUUAGAUGACCAAGCUGGACAAAAAGCCAUGAAUACUAACACUGAACUGUCUAGCUUCAGAUCUGACAUUCUGGCUCUUCGUCAGCAGCUUCAUGACAUUGCAGAGAAAACUACCAGAAACAAAGAUACACUGGAGAAGCUGCAGGAAUCUGGAAAUGUAUUAAAUGAUAGACAGAGCCAAAUGAGAAGUGCCUUAGAUAGUAACUCUUUCAUGAUCAUCAGUGUCAAUAAGACUCUUCAGGCAUAUACCGGCUAUAUCAACAAUCUUCAACAAGACACAAGUAAUAUCCAAACAAACUUGCAAAACCAAGUGCAUUCUCAUAAUGUGGUCAUCAUGAACCUGAACAACUUAAACCUGACACAAAUACAGCAAAGAAAUCUUAUCAGUGUCCUGCAGAAGUCAAUGGAAGAUACAAGCUUGGCUAUUCUAAGAAUCAAGAAUGACUUUCAAAAUCUGCAGCAGGUUGUCCUUCAAGCCCGGAAGGACACUGACUGGCUUAAGGAGAAAGUACAAAAUUUACAGACUUUGGCCGCCAACAACUCAGCAUUGGCAAAAGCUAACAAUGAUACACUUGAAGACAUGAACAAUCAGCUCAGCUCCUUCAGUGGGCAAAUGGAGAACAUCACCACAAUUGCCCAAGCCAACGAACAAAAUCUAAAGGAUCUCCAGGAACAGCAUAAAGAAUAUGAAAACAGAACUUCUGCCAAAUUCAACCAGCUAGAAGAGAGGUUCCAGGUCUUUGAAACUGAUAUAGUCAAUAUCAUUAGCAACAUCAGCUACACUGCUCAUCACCUACGGACACUGACUAGCAAUCUCAAUGAGGUCAGGACAACUUGUACAGACACCUUAAGUAAACAUUCAGAUGAGUUGAUUUUUAUGAACAGCACACUAGCCAAUAUUCGCUUAGACUCUGCAUCUCUCAAGAUGCAACAGGAUUUGAUGAGGUCAAGGUUAGAUGUUGAAGUUGCCAAUUUGUCGGUAAUCAUGGAAGAAAUGAAGCUGGUAGAUUCCAAACAUGGCCAGCUCAUCAAGAACUUCACUAUCCUACAAGGCCCUCCUGGUCCAAGGGGACCUAAAGGUGACAGAGGGCCUCCAGGUCCUCUUGGCCCCGCUGGCCUAAAAGGACAAAAAGGAGAGAAAGGAGAGCCUGGACCACCGGGACCUGCAGGUGAGAAGGGACCACCUGGGCCAACUGGGCCACCAGGAGAAAAAGGAGGGAAAGGUUCAAGAGGAUCGCCUGGCUCCAAAGGUCAGAGAGGUUCUCCCGGCAAGACGGGUCUGCCUGGACCAAGCGGAGACCCAGGGCCACCAGGUCCGCAAGGCAAAGAUGGUCCACCUGGGCCACAAGGCCCACCAGGAUUUCAAGGCCUGCAAGGAACUGUGGGAGAGCCAGGGGUACCAGGACCUCGAGGACUACCUGGGCUACCUGGAGUCCCUGGGCUGCCUGGUCCAAAGGGCCCACCUGGCCCACCAGGGCCGCCAGGUCCAGGGCUGCCAAUGGCACUACAAAGUGAACCGACAUCAGUGCCCGAGGCUAAUGGUUGUUCUCCUCACUGGAAGAACUAUACAGAAAAGUGCUACUACUUUUCAAUUGAAAGAGAAAUUUUUGAAGAGGCAAAGUUAUUCUGUGAAGAGAAGGCAUCACGCUUGGUUAUCAUAAACAACAAAGAGGAGCAGCAAUGGAUAAAAAGGCAGAUUUUGGGGAAAGGCAGCUUCUGGAUUGGACUAACGGAUUCAGAGAAGGAAAAUGAAUGGAGAUGGCUGGAUGGAUCCUUACCAGUUUACACAAACUGGAAAAUCGGGCAACCUGAUAACUGGAGCCACGGGCAUGAGCCGGGGGAAGAUUGCGCAGGACUGAUCUAUGCUGGGCUCUGGAAUGACUUCUACUGUGAAGAUGUUAACAAUUUCAUUUGUGAAAAAGACAUGGACAAAGGGCAAAUAUUUGGAGUGUAAUAGGCUGUGACUUUACAGAUACCUACAUAUUAUGGAAAUUUACUUAAAGACAAAGAAAAUCCUGGGAGAGAGCAGCAUUGCCUACCAAAAUUGGGGGAAAAAAACCAAAACAAAAACCACAAAAGCAAGCACUGAAAACUGGUUUAAAUGCAUAAAGGAAUUCAGCAUCAACUCUUCUCCAGCAUCCUGUAAUUAUUCGAGGCCUUUCAACCCACAGCAUCAGGAAAUACCUUUGGACUAAUUCUGUUAUUGAUUUUCUUCCCAACCAGUAACCACAUACAUAAGCAACUUGUGUCUUCUGAGAAAAGACAUUCUGUCGAUCUGAGUAAGACUGUUGGUCACUCAUAUAGAAAAACAUAUAAAGCAACUGUGUAAACAGUAUGUUUCAUUUGCUAAAAUCCCAAAUGUAGGAAAAUUAUACAGAUACACAAAUAUAUAGAUUUUAUAUAAAUAUAUAUAUAUAGUCCAACUCUUAUCAAUAAUAUGGAAUAUACUUUUAAGAGCUUUUAAACUUUGUAUUUUUGUACAAAAUAUUUGCUUUUUACAAUUGUUCUCUUUUUUACUGACUUUUUUUACAAAUAUAGUGCACAGGGGCCAAAGAAAACAAUAAAGGUACUAAUAAUUCAUUAAGGUUUGCUGUCAGGCCUAGCUCAGCUAUAGAGAAAUAUUUUUCCAGUUAGAAAUAUUUGUACUUUCCCAGAUGAUUUGUUCUGGUUAAAUAACUCUAAAGCAGAUUUUAGAUAGUGUUUUCCUUAUUAUAUGCAGUCUAGUCUGCGUGUGUAACAAAUUAAGUUGACUAAGGACUAGAUACUGAUUGUAGCUCUGAUCACAGCCAGUGUUCCAUCGGGGUACUAUGCAAAGACCAUGUUAAUUAAUAAAAGCAUUUCCUUCCUUCCUUCCUGCCUACUCGCCUGCCUGCCUUCUUGCCUGCCUGCCUUUUCUGCCUUCUUUCCUGUCUGCCUGCCUUCCAGCCUGCCUACCUUCCUUCUUUCCAUCCUGCCUGCUUUCCUGCCUUCCUGCCUGCCAUCCUGCCUUCCUGCCUUCCUUCUACUCAUGAGAAAAUGGCACAGAAGUAAAUCACCAACUUCUAAGAAUGAUUUUGAAAUGUUUUCAUUUCGUCUCCUUUCUUGUGAGGAAUUCUACCCCAGUAUGUGCUACCCAUAUUGCAAGUGAAGCCCAGAUGGAGGAUUUUAUGAAAACAGAAACAAAGGAGCUGCACACACUGAAAUAUGUUUCUUUUUAAGACAGAUUUCAAAAUUUGGUAAGAAAAACAUGCCAUACUCAGAAAAGUCUAAUCAACUUGCACUUUUCCAAAGUGCUUUGUAAAUCGAUCUCUCUGUUUUCUUGGACCUGUUCUUCUCUCCCAAACAAACUAGAAAAUAAAAUACGCUGCAAAACAGAAAGCAGUGUGGCUAAUGAGAUGCUAUCAUCACCCAGCCAGUUUCCUCCGAGGUCCCAUGAGCCGUUGUCUAGGCAGCAGUGCUGCUUAUCAAGAAUUUAAAAAAUUAGCAACCAUUUAAAGUUCAUUAGCAGAAACCCUGGUUUUGGUUCCUGGUUCUUACACUCUUCACACGGCCACACACUAUACCACGAAGAAAGUUGUUUUGGCUUUUUGGGAAGGAGAGUUAUUUUUCCAUUGCCUCCUGACGUGAUGUUUACCUUGGCUGAAUGCAGAUAAGUUUGUUGAAAUACUCCAGCUCUGUUGGAAAGAGACAAGAUUUUGUACUUCAGAUUUUCAAAUAUUGCUUCUAAGACCAACCAAUUAAAGACUGCUGCUUUCCUCCAUCCCACACUCCCUCCAGUGUUUAUUUGGGGGUGAGGGGGGGGAUCUCUUUUUAAUUUUAGCUAUAAUUUUCCUAAAGAAAAUACACAAAAUGUUACAUUUGGGAAUCUGUCCUGUGGUACCUAUUAGAUACGAGACAGGAACAACAUGAGAAUUGCAUAUGUUUAAUAAAAAGUGAAAGGUCUGUGUAUUACAGCUGCAGAAACCAUGUGUCACCAUCUUGGAGGCAGGACUAUUCUUCAGACAGUCUGGAUCUCCUGAGACUUUUCUUUUGGCUUUUUCAUCAGGUUUUGAAUACAAGAUGAUUCUGCCAUACACCCUGCCAUACACCCAACCUAGGAAUUGUGUGUAGAUACACGCUGUAGUGUUUACAUAUAUAUUUACACAGUGUCUGUGGAGAUAAUGUUAAACUGCUAUUUUUGGAUAACAUGGUACAAAACUAUUACUUUGCAUGCCCAGAAAGCCUCACAAACCCUGGUGAGCGGAGCUUUGCAGAGCCACACUGAAUUGGAAGCAUUGCUAGCUUUGUUUUAGCUUACUUAGGUGAAAUAAGCCCAUUCUGAGCAUCUGCCACAUUAAAUCAUGUUCUUCCUGCUUUUUACUGAUGUGAUAAGACUUCUGUUGACAAAAGAAGUUAAUGAGCAACCUCUGUGUAAGCCCCAGCUGUACUGUUUCCUUGCCCCAAUUUCAUCCUUCUCUUCCUUCAGCAAUAGUAGUGGUGGUAUAUAUCGAGAUGAGAUGAUCCAAGAGUCACCUAGUGUCCUCCAGUCCUUCUAAAGAGGUUUUCUGCGCAGUGGUGAUAAACAGCUAUAGUUGCACUUACGCAUGCAUAAGGUUACAGAAAUGGCUGUUUAUCAGUGAUAGCUGCUUAGUUCAUUGAAAACUAGCACAGCAGCUAUGCUAAACUAUAGGCAGUUGGAUGGCCUUAGCAUGGAAAUAACCACUGAACUAGGACAGUUUAAGGAUGCAACAUGUUUAUGAAUUAAAUACUUAUUUCAAAGCAAAUUUCAAUGCUGGGUUGUAAUUAUCUAUAAUAAUGCUUUAAUUAUCCACCUUUAACUGAGAAAUGAAGCGUGCCUGGGCUCAAGCUCUCUGUUCACAUAUUUGAAGCAAAGAGUGUAGCUGUUAGGCAAAACUGGCUGGAGAGGGAUGCUGCAGUUGCAUGCCCGGCAUGUUCAGUCAUCCUUAAAAUCUGGCCUGAGCAGCCAGGCGGGCUGAGACAGACCAUCCUUCUGACCCAGUAUUCCUGCAGGAGGGAAACGGAGGUGUCAAAUGGCAACAGAGAUUGAAAUCACUGGGAGAACCCGGGGAGUGUUAAAACAGCUCAGGAACCUGUCAGAAAGGAGAGGUUGGCAGAGAUGCAAGCAGGACACCAGAAAGGGCCAAGAAAUUGUCACGAAAGUCAGAGCUGCCACAUGGGGUCUGGAAAACAUCCCCAUUCCAUCUGCUUUCUGUAUGGUUUGAGCGAUAACACAGGUUGUAUGGAAAGUUUUAAGUGAUAGGAAAUGAUUUUGUCCCAGCUCAAGUUUUGGCUUUCCUUCUUAUGCACAAAUACUGUAACUUGGCACACUGAGUACACAUUUCCAUCAUCCUUUUUCUUGUUUUAUAUCAAACUAAAUGCAAGUUCAUAUACCCUGGCAAGUACUACGACUGUUGCAAGAAGGGGAGGGGAAGGCAGAGAGGGUGCAAAGUCCUUGUGAUUUACGUCCAGUGCUGGAUUUCUUAAUGUCAUUUCUGACUCGUUUCAUUAAUUUCUUUGGAAACACCUUCAGCUGAUUAGAGCUUAUAAAUCUCAAACUCUCAUCCCCUUUGAUGUGUAUAAAUAAUACCUACAAAUAUUCCAGUAAAGAAAGCACUACUAAGCAGAGACAUGGAAGUGAAUGUUGUUUACUGUGUACGUGCUUGUGUAACCAAGAGAGAUGUGGAGGUGAGAAACGUGAAGACAGAAGCAUUCGUAGGUAUUAAAAAUCAAACUGAUGAAAAUUAUUUCUAUUAAAGCCUUCCUUCUCACUUA